AGUCUCAUAUGUUGGAUGUCCGUCAAGCGAUUGACAGUGUAUAGAUCUCCCAUUUCGAAAUAGAGAUAACGAGGAAGGCGACAGCACUGACUAACCAAAUCGCUGUUGCUUACAUUUUGGCUUAAGUUAUUUGUUAAAUUUAGUGCUUACGCUAGCAACGGCGGCAAACAUGACAACGCCCACGCGUGCAACAUUGGAGAAGGCCCUGAAAAGCGAUGCCAAAGUGCAAGCAGCCGCCACACAAAUUGCAAAUGAACUCAAUGGCGGCACGUACAACAUUUCGGACCUCGCCGAGCAGCUGGGCUUUGCCCUAACAUCCUCGGACACCGCCGAACGUGUAGCCGGCACAAAUCUCUUGUCCGCCGUACUAAAUGCAUUGCCCAACGAUCUGCUGAAUGCGAAACAAUUAGAAUUCCUGACGACAUUCUACACGGAUCGUUUGCGCGAUCAUCACAAUGUUAUGCCGGCCAUUAUCGAUGGCCUCAGUGCCUUGGUGCGCAUGAAGGAGCUGCCUCCGGCGAAUGUAACCCAGUUGCUUCAAGCGUUCUUCCAAUACACAACAUGCCAAUCGCAGACGCGCGGCGAUCGCACUAAGAUCUUUAACAUGCUCGAAUACCUCACACUGCAUUUUCAGCCAGAACUAGUCAAAAUGUCUGGCGAUUUUUUGUAUGGUCUAAUCAAUUCCAUUGAUGGCGAGCGUGAUCCACGCAAUCUGGACAUCAUCUUUGGCUUUAUGCCCGAGUUUAUUGCACGAUAUCCAUUGCUGCACUUGGCUGAGGAAAUGUUUGAAAUCUUCGCCUGCUAUUUUCCCAUCGAUUUCACUCGUAGCAAGGAGGAUCCGGAGGCCAUAACACGCGACGCUCUCGCCGAGAAAUUGACCAAUUGCCUUGUGGCCAGCGAACAGUUUGCCGAAUGGAUUGUGGCUCUGGCAGUCGAGAAGCUGGACAGCGAACUGCUUGUGGCCAAAUUGGAUUCCAUUGAGCUGCUUCAUCAAGCAGCGCUCCAAUUUUCACCAGCUGCGCUGGAACCGCAUUUCGAUCAAAUCUGGCAGGCACUCAAGGCUGAGACAUUUCCGGGCUCUGAGAAUGACAAUGUGGUGCGCUGUGCACUCAAGACGCUCGCCGAGCUGCUAAAGAGUGCCGCCAAAGAGCCAAGAAUCAGUCAUAACUAUCAGACCAUCGUGUUGGGUGUGGUGCUCACUCAUUUGACCGACAUUCAUCAGCGUCUGUUUCACCCGGCCUCGGCCAUUGCCAUGAUGUGUGUGUCCGGCGAUGCGGCGUUUGCCGGCGACAAGAUUCUCAACACAUUUCAGCUGAAGCUGCAGUCAUCACAGCCGCUGAGUUUGGAGCGCGAUGAGCAGCGCAUACGAUUCUAUCACAUCAUCUCGCAGGUCUACAAGCUGGCUGGAUUGCGUAAUGUACUCCAGCGAUUGGACACGGCGAUUGUGCUGCCGCUGCAGGACGAUGUCAUUGCCGCUUUGCGGCUGUGCGAGCGCGACGAUUUUGAUGAAAAAAAACAGGAUCUGGAGCUGCAGCGUGCCGCAUUGGCGGUGCUCUGCGAAUGCGCUCCGGUGCUGAGCGAGACUCAGCGUGCGUUGGUCUAUAAGGCGCUGGUGCAGUUGAUCAGUCAUCCGACGAUUGAUUUAAAUUUUAAGCCGCUCACCGUUAGUUUGGGUGCCUUGCAGCCUGUUGAGUUGCAGUCAAAUUUCAUUGACGUUUGCAUGCGUAACUUUGACAUCUUUGCGGAGUUCAUCAAGCGCAAGAUUUAUGACAAUCUAUUGCCAUUGCUGCCGCAGGUGGCAUUCACCCAACGCAUUCUCGAACUAGUGAUGAAGCAAGUGUUUAGCGCCACGGCCGCAGACCCAGUGCGUCUGCUGGCCUUGGAGGCGCUCAACUCGCUGUUGAAGCAGGAGGAUCAACGCUUCGUUGUGGAGCUGCAGCAGCAGUCCAAUUUGUUGCACAAGCUCAUCGAGCUGGCUCAGCAAACAACGCCAUUGACUGAGGCAUCGCUGGAGCAAAUUGCGGGUGCCCUAAGCCUCAUCAUGCAGCAACUCCCGCUGUCGGAGCAGAGCGCUAUUGUCAGCGAAUAUUUACCGGGAUUACAGCUGCAGCUGGAGGCGCAUCUGUUUGUGGCCAAGGGACUGUUAGGCUACUUGCACAAGGACAUUGCCAUGGAUGAUCAUUUCGAACGACUGCUCAAUGACCUGACCCAGUUGUCCCUGAGCUCGGACAAUGAGCAGUUGCGUGAGACUGCGCAUCAUUUGCUCUGCAGCCUCGUCAAUAAAAUGGACAACACAAAAGCGAAUCGUGAGCAAGUGAAACGCAUUACAGAUCGACUGAAGAAAGCACUAAAAGAGGGCGAUAAACGCGCAGUUGAUCUGUUGGCUUGGAUAGCAAAGGGUCUGGUGGUUGCCGGCUUCGAGGAGGCCGCCGACAUUGUGGGCGAUCUAUCGGAUCUGCUGGAGCAUCCCACGCUGAGUAGUGCCGCUGCCUUGGCCUUUGAUGUCAUUGCUGCCGAGUUUCCGGAGCUCGAUUUGCCCGUGGUCAAAUACUUGUACAAGCAGAAAUUCUUUCACACCAUCAUGAAUAAGUUGGGCUCGAAGCUGGGCAGCUAUUGUGAGCACCAUAUGAAGGCAUUCAUCUAUGUGCUCAAGGAGACGCCACAUUCGGUAAUUAAGCUCAACAUCAAGCAGCUGGGACCGUUGCUAUUCAAGACACUGGACGAUGCGCACAAGGACUCACACUCGCUGUGCACUGUGCUGCAGAUAUGCGAGAGUUUUGUCCAACAGAAGGAUGCGUAUUUCCAGGCACACCUCGGACACCUUAUACCCAGUUGCCUUAAGCUGACCAAGCUGAACAAGGACCUCAACAUGCAAGUACGAAUUGCAGCGCUGCAACUGGUCCUCGAUAUCACCACAUAUCCAACGUAUGUGUUAUUACCGCACAAACAGGAUGUGACAUUGGCACUGGCCCCUGCUCUGGACGAUCCGAAGCGUCUGGUACGGAAUGUGGCCGUGACAGCUCGCAAUGCCUGGUAUCUUGUGGGCGCACCCGGCGGAGAGGAUUAGCGGGUGGCCAAUGAAAUUGUUAUUAGCGUUAAAUCAUUUGAACAACUGACUAAUCCCAUAACAAAAAAGAAAAUAAAACUCAACGCACAAUUGUUGAUCAAAAACUUUCA